CUCGUUCUUGACAUUCCACAAUGGGCUCAUCUUUAUCAUCCGUGUCUGACUCCCCUACGGAAAGUAUUGUCAUUGUAGGGGCUGGCGCCAGUGGCAUCGCUGUACUUCUCCGGUUGAUCGACCAUGCUAAGGAUGGCAAGAGAAUCCCACCCAUCAUCGUGGUUGAGAAAAGCUCGCCUCCUGGACCGGGACUGGCAUACUCUCCAGCGUGCACAGGUACCAUCAUAAACAUGCACACCGACACGAUGGGGCUAUCUUACAACGACCCAAAGCAUUUCACCAGGUGGAGAGACGAGCUCGAGAGUGGGCCCUUUCCGUCUCGAAGCAGCUACGGAGAGUAUCUCGAGGCGAUGUGGUCGCAGAUUCUCUCGGAAGCCCAGAAACUGGGUCUGAGCAUCUCCAUUAUCCAAGACGAAGUAUCCGACAUCGACCGUCAUGACAACGGCACCUUUACCUUGACUUUCGGUGGAGGAAACAAUCUCCCUGCACGGUCUGUCAUACUGGCCCUGGGAAACUUUACCUCAACCCUCAACACGCACCUGAUUGAUCGACCGGGUUUCUUUCCCAGCCCAUGGCCAACGUCUCAACUGACGGCCAUCCCUACUGAUGCCUCGGUCCUCAUCAUCGGGUCAAGACUCUCCGCUGUUGACGCGGCGCUCUUUCUCUCCAAGAAUGGCCAUCAGGGCUCGAUGACCUUUAUGUCGCGCAGUGGUCGCCUUCCCAAAGUCCAGGGCGAUCCGGAACCCUACCCGCGUCGUUACACCCUUCACACGCUAGCCCGGGACAUUGAAUCAAACCCAGCGGAUGCCCUCGUCAGGCUCACCACCAGACUGAUGGACGAGAUUGACGGCGUGAACCACGGAGAUUGGACCUGGCUACAGAAACACGCCUCCCCGCUGGCAGAGCUGCAAGCAGAUCUGCACGCAGCAAAGGCAGGAAAUGCCCACUGGCAAACGGUCCUCCGCCACACAGCUCCAGUCAUCGAGCGUUACUGGCGGUGUCUUUCACUGGAAAGCCAAAAACUAUUCAUGGCCAAAUUCCUCAGUCCGUGGAUGCGAUAUCGCCACGGGAUGCCGGUGCAAAAUGCCCAGAAGAUCCUAGACCUUCUGCAAACUUCCCAACUCAGUGUGGUAGCAGGAGAAGCCAUCCACUGGGACGAGGAAGAGGGUAUCUUUGUGGCCCAGACAACGACCGGGAUGAUUGAAGCACCAUAUGUUAUCGAGGCCACGGGUCAAGAAAGCGACCUCGAUCGCAUCCCCUCGCCACUGAUCCAAUCCGCGGUCCGAAAGGGAUUGUUUACUCCUCAUCCCAUGGGCGGCGUGGAUGUCUCCUUUGACACUCUCCGUGCAUCGGCACCGGGGCUGUACACCAUGGGCUCGCUGACCCGGGGCACGCACUUCUACGUGAGCGCCAUCGAUCGCGUCGCUGCCCACGCAGCCCGCAUCGCCGAUGCCCUCGUCGGAGAGCCUCCCGUCAAAUCUCUACAAAUUGCAAUCUUUCUAGGCGCCGACUUGGCCUCGCACCUGACGGCGAGUGAGCUAGUCCCCCGGCUUUUGGCCGAGGGCCAUAUGCCCUUCCUGUUCCUCACAUCCAGCAACCCGACUACCCCGGCAGGUGGGUAUGACACGCGGCCUUUCGAACUGCGUGAGCUGGAGUUUUUUGAAAGCGAGCUAUUUCGCAAGCAUCUCUGUCUGAAGCUAAAGGACCAAGCUGUCAAAGGGGCGCGGCAUGCAACAGUGGAGCAGAUGCAAGCCGCGUACGGUAUUCUUGUGCAAGAAGUGCCCUCUUUGAAGCAGGCGGCAAUCCUCGACACCCUGCAAAGGAAUUACAUUGACGUCGGCAUAUUGUUACAAUGCAGCGAGAAGUUGGAGAAGGAUGUUACCAAUUACUUUUCCUCGGCAUCUCGACCUCUUCUUGCUUUGGACAGUGGCAUCCUCCAGACGUCCUGGGCCGGAAAGGAUACUGGAAUCCAGUUCGGGUAUUGCAUGCGUACUGUGGAAGAGAAUGGUGUGCUCGGGGACAUGUUUGAGACUCGAGCGAGUCCUAUCGGGGAUUCCAGGGCUAUUCCUUCCUGCGUGGAUGGGGCAUAUGAGGUUGGGGUGCAGGUGGCCUUUGAUAAAAUCAAGCUGCUUAGCCGGGGGAGGGAGUUGAGAAGCGGUCCUUUGCAUGGAGCUGAGGACACAAAGUAUCUGACAAAGGAUCAGCUGUUCAGGCAUGCUCGUUCCAGAGGGGUUCCUCUGGUGGAUGGAGAUCGUGUUGUGGAAGUGCUGGUGGAGUCAUUUGCACCGCCGCAGAAGAAGGGGGAGUUGCGCAAGGAGCUGGACGAGGUGGUGAGGGAGUGGUAUGCGAAAGAGAAUGUAGGAGAACAGGAGUAAUGCAUGCAUGGCCACCAAAGGUAGAGGAGAACUUCGGAGUGCGUUGCUCGAAGCCACUGCAGCCAACGGAUGGGCAUCUCUCUGCGGUGCACACAAUAUAUAUAUUUUCAGGCAGGAUCUACCGGAAGCCUCAGUAUGGUCGAAUCGGUUCGAGGACUUAACAAGCUCGGCAGAGUAUUCCUUUUUUUUUAUAAAAAAAGGCGAUUUCAAUGUUCAAGAUGCCACAAACGUCUAGACACAAGAGGGCAAAGUGCUUAGCUUAUCUAGGAGAGCCACCAAUUGACAGUACAGGACUAUUGAUGGUCCGACUUGUCUGAAAGGAGUUUAGCGUGCUUUUCCAUUCAAGGAGCAUCUGACUUUCUUUUCAUGAUCCCCAUGAGCCAACUCUUCAUCUGAUGUAGACAACUUCCCCGUUUCAUCAUUUAAGCAUGGGUUAAUCAAUGGCUAGGAGUAUACUGACUGGCCC